CCGCCACUGAUGGAUGUCAGUUCUGUAACGCGAUGCAUUAGGUUACCGGUUGACGGCUGCUCCUACUCCUUCCUCCACUCCCGUUCAGGAUUGCUUUGUGCAUUAUGAUCCUCCUGGUGAGCCUAAGGAGUAAAUAAAUAGGAUUGGGCGAACAACACAUGGAGAAGGUGUGGAAGGAAAUGCCUAAUUGUUCAUGAUUCCAGAAGAGCUUCAAUUUCUGCAAUAUUUGAAGGU